ACCUUUUUUUCUUUCUUUUAUUAUUUAUAUUCUUGGUUUUUAGAAACUCAAUGUCAAUUCAGUCAUCAGUCAACAGUUAUAUUGAUGAACGCCUAAACGACCUAUCUAAUAUCAAUACAGCAGCCUUGGAAGCUCUUCUGAAGGAAGAGACAAGAGAAUAUCAAGAAUUACAACAUAAGUAUGAGGAAUCAAAAGAACAUGCAAAAAAUAUGCUAGACCAUUCUUUACAAAAGACUCUAUCCGAUAAGUCUUCGCUUGACCAUCUGUAUGUAGCUCUCACCACGACAAAACAUCAACUAUCUCAAAUAUGCAAAGAUCACGAAUUUGACCCAUCCAAUCAUGGCAACAAUAAUAACAAUAGCAACGUUAAUUAUAUACGUACUUUGGCAGAUAUGGAACAACGUUUACGAAUUCUCGAUAGUGCUAUAUCUUAUAUCAAGACUCUUUUCGUCGCAACUCACCUUUGGACUCAAUCUAUUAAUGUUGUGGAAACAGAUCAUUAUGUUGCAGUACAAAGAUAUAUACAGUUAUUGAAAUUUGUUCGACUGAUAUGCAAGCAAGACGUUGUACACCAAGGCUCUUUCAAAGACUUGGGGUCGUACCUUGAAAAAUGCCAAAAAGAUCUAUGGGAAACGUUGAACACUGCCAUCACAAAGGAUUUUGAAGCUUCAUUACAAGCAUUGGAUUGGCCUAAUGCUAUUCGACCACCCUAUGGACCUCUAGUUUUAUCAAAAUUGGAACGAUUUGAAAAAAAUUUUCGAAAUCUUUUAUUAUUGGAGGAACCGUCGGAAUGGAAUAAGGGACCAAACGAACCAAAACUAUCAUCUAUCAUUACACCUAUCCAACUUUUACUUGCACCUAUUUCUUUACGAUUUAGAUUUCAUUUUGAAGGAUCAAGACCUACAAAUCGAUUGGAUAAACCCGAAUGGUAUUUGAAACAUGUCAAAAAUCAGAUAUCGACCCAUCUUCCUUUUAUCAUGACAACAAUACAACCUAUUGUUGACGAAGUAUUUAUUGAUCACCAACAACGUGUAUCAGCAAAGGAUUAUUUUAUCGAAGGAUUAUUAAAGGAUGUAAAUCGCAAAGUACACCAUAGUAUACCCAAACUUACGUCUCAUCCUAAUUGGCUCAGUCAUACCAUCCAUGAACUAUUACAAUUUGAUCAAUCUUUACGGGAUGAUUUUGGAUUUAACCCAUCAUUGAAAAUGCAGGAAAUCAACAACAAUCAUUUAUUGAAUCACGGACUUGUCUCAGAUGCUAUAUUGGAAAACAAAGAAAGUUAUGAUGCAUGGUUUACAUCCGAAAAGCAGUUUGCUCAAACACGGUAUGAUGACAUUACCGCCAGCACACAAGCAUUUGAUUUAUAUGAAGGCGAUGUGGAUAUGACAAAAGACGAAGGAUACUCGGUGAAAGCAACUCAAUCAUCUGUGAAAUUGAUUCAUCUAUGGGAAGGUGUGAUAGAUACCUAUAAACUGGUGCCAUCCACUAGACAACAAUUCCAAUUCUUUGUAUAUAUCCAAUUGUCACUCCUAGGUCAAUAUGAAUACCGGAUAUCUUCUGCUGUUGAUUCCUUUGAUGCGAUGAACUUGAUUCGGUCCGUUCAAGUUCCUGGUGCACUUCCAGAUUCAGUGACCGGUGUGAUGACAGCCACUGAAUCGAAUGGAUUGGUUUCUGUCUUGAAAAAAUUGUAUCGAUGGUGGACAAGUGCUCAAAAAUUGAUGGAAGCUAUUCGGGAUUGGGAAGAAGAUGAAUUCUUUUUGGAUUUGACCUACAAACUUGAACAACAGCUUGAUAUUGUGGCAGACAUUAGAAACGAUUUGAUUGCUCAGGAUAAGGUGUGUUACGUAGCGGAACCAUCAUCCUUUCAAACCAAGGGACUGUUUGGUGAUAUUUUGAUGGCCUAUCGACAGUUGACAGAUCGAAUCGAAAAGAUCUGUGUUCGCAUCAUCGUCAAGGAAUGGACAGUGGAUACCAAACUUUACAGUAAAAGGGACAUAUGGUGGCAAACAAUUAACGAAACAAGUGUGGAAGUGUCUGAUAGUCUUUACCAGCCAUUACAAGGAUUUUGGGUAUCAUGUCAUUAUCUACAAAAAGCGUAUCCAGCCUCCGACUUUUUAUCCAUGUACAAACACAUUUCUCUUGGUAUUGAAGAUUGGUAUUGGAGAAAUAUCAUCACAAAAAAUCAAUUCUCUCCUUAUGGUGUACAACAGCUGGAAACUGAUUUACGAUUAGGACUUUGGAAAAUAGGAAAACGAUUGGUCAGCAAGCCUGAAAAUUAUACAAGAAGACUCAAGGAAGCACUUCAAGUAUUCACAUUACCUAUCUCCUCAUCAUCUACUACGGAUUAUUUACUUGGCAAGGAAUUAAUGACAUCUUUGACAGAUACAGACAAACAUACUCAAGUACAAGCAACUCUGGAAUAUCUUGGUAUUGAUACUCUCACUAACAGUGAAAUCCGGGAUGUCUUACGCCGUAGAAAUGAUAUGCUGAAUAGUUGGAACUGAUCUCCGUUUAGAAUAGAAUGUUUGCUUUAGUUUAGCUGUGACUCUGAGACCAAUAAAAACUCAAUUUUUUUUUUUUA